CGCGACCCACCCGUGAAACUGUAUCGAUUGCCGGGCAGAUCGUACGAGAAAGAAAGGCGACAAGCGUGGAUCACCGCAGUGAGGAGAAUCAAUCCCGACGGAACUUCGUGGUUGCCCAAAGAGCAUACACGAAUUUGCAGCUGUCAUUUUGUGGGCAACUGCAAGAGUGACGUUCGCGAAGAUCCAUCCUACAUCCCAACCAUCUUUCCGCCUGUCUACAGAAAAAAGGCACCUGACCUGCAAAGGGCCCAAAGGUGGGAAAUGCACUUCAACCGGGCAAUCACAUCCAAAAAAUUUGAUACAGGAGAUGACGAUCCAUCGCAAGGUACAGCUGAUGGAGCAACGAUGCAGGAGCCAGAAACCUCCACUUUGGCCGAUGUGCCUCGUGACUUGAACAUGGGCGAUUUCAGCAAUGCAUCUCUGGAAACAUGCACAGCUAGUCCUUCGCACAACAGCACGAGCGAUUCGCAUCCUUUGGUGCAAGCGUGUGGUGCAGCAGAAGAAAGUCAUUUUGCCGGAAAGGAAGACGCUAUAUGCCAAACGGAAGAAUGUGUGACUCUAGGAAACCUAUCUAUAUUUCUCUCGAUGACAAAUGGCGCCGAGGCAUCUGCUCAAGUCGUGCACAUAGAAAUAAGCCACAAGAUUGCAAGCGUGGAUGGCAAUUGGAAGCGAAGCUGUGGGUUUCAUGGCUUUGGGUCUCUAAAGGAAAAGGAAGAGGUACUGCAAGAUUUUGGUGGUGUGACAUGACAAGUCUUCCACCUUCUCUUGAACUUACCGCCUCCACCAAAGUACUGGUGUAAUGCGAUGUCAAGAGAAGGCAAGCUGUGCUUGUUCCUGGCGAAGCUACGGCCUGGAAUAACAUACAGUCCCUUGGAAGCAAUACUCGCCAUUACAGCCACAACAGCGUCAAGUCUUUUCAGGAGAAUGCUUGAUAUUUCAAUCAUUGCUCUGAAGGACUGAGUUUCCAUGCCAUCCCGUGGAAUAUUUGAGCUUUCUUUGCCUGCCUAAUUUAAGGAAAACUACUAUAUGAAUUGAUGUCGUUUACGCGCAUAGAAGGGUCAACACUAUUAUACCAACCGUGAAAAUAAUUAUUAUAUGUGAAUGAAUCCAUUCUGGCCAGCUGCUUCAACUAGCUGUUGUC